AUGUCUCAAUUAGAACAACUUAAGAAGUCAGGUACCACUGUUGUUGCAGAUACUGGUGAUUUUGAAUCUAUUGCAAAGUUCACUCCACAAGAUGCAACUACGAAUCCAUCGUUGAUUUUGGCAGCUACUAAGCAACCACAAUACGCCAAGUUAAUUGACAUUGCUAUUGACUAUGCCAAGAGCAAGGGUUCCACCAAGGAGGAACAGGCUAGUCUAGCACUUGACAGAUUGUUGGUUGAAUUUGGUGCUGAGAUUCUCAAGAUUGUGCCAGGUCGGGUGUCCACCGAGGUUGAUGCAAGGUUAUCCUUCAACAGGGACGCCACAAUUAAGAAGGCCAUUGAGAUUAUUGAAUUAUACAAGGCACAGGGAAUCGACAAGGAGAGAGUAUUGAUCAAGAUUGCCUCCACUUGGGAAGGUAUCCAAGCUGCAAGGGAGUUGGAAUCCAAGCAUGGUAUCCACUGUAAUUUGACGCUUUUGUUCUCCUUUGUUCAGGCUGUUGCAUGUGCAGAAGCUAAUGUCACACUUAUUUCUCCAUUUGUCGGUAGAAUUUUGGACUGGUACAAGGCUUCCACUGGUAAGGAAUACACCUCUGAAACCGAUCCUGGUGUUUUGUCCGUUAGAAACAUCUUCAACUACUACAAGAAGUUUGGCUACAAGACAAUUGUCAUGGGUGCCUCCUUCAGAAACACUGGUGAAAUUGCAGCUUUGGCAGGUUGUGACUACUUGACCAUUUCUCCAAGUUUGUUGGAUAAACUGGCUAAUUCCAAUGACCCACUUCCAAAGGUUUUAGACGCUUCUAAGGCAAAGGAAUUGGAUCUUGAAAAAGUCUCCUAUGUUGACGAUGAGCCAGAUUUUAGAUUCCUCUUGAAUGAGGAUGCAAUGGCAACUGAAAAAUUGUCUGAAGGUAUCAGAAAGUUCUCUGCUGAUUGUGAGGCUCUUUACAAUGAAUUAUUAAGGAGAGUUUCUGCUUGA